AUGGCACCACCAGCUCGACCGACGGUGGUGUGUGAUUCCAUGACCAAGCAGCAAUCGUGCACGAAACCGCGCGAUCAGAGAAGAGUUCUUAGAAGAGGAAACCAUAUUAUAGAAUUCACUGUGCCGGUGACAGUCCACGAUAUCAGCAGAGGAGAUCUCGCCAGGAUUCGGCAGUGCUCCGGUGAUGGAGGGAGAAUGAGGGUGCUGCAGCAAUUGGCUGCCAGUGCGGGAAAUACCCAAAGCGAUUCAGCCGGCAAUGUGACAGACGAUAAGAUUCUUCCAGAACACGGACAGGUGUGCUUUCCAUCAGCCUUAUAUGAAUACAUUAUGGAGAUCUACAGAACAGAAGUGGACGUCAUAGAGAGAAGACAUGGCGUGAAGAUUGAUCAUCGCUCCUCACCAGGAGGAAACACAGUUGUCUCAUUCAUCCCUCUGGGACCAGACUCCUCACCCGAGAAAGCCAGGGAGAUCUAUACAGACAAGUUGCAGAAGGUGAUGGGUGACUGGAGUCAGGAAAGAGUAGAUCCCUCAGGUGUCCCCCUGACAUUCUCUGACAUCAAACAACGAGUGAAGGACCGCUGGAGGAAGAUCCUGGUGUUACAGGAAGGGAACACGGACAUCAUUCUUCGAGGUCCCAGAGAUGAGUUGUCCCAGGCCAUACAAUUCCUAAAGAAGGAUGACUAUAAACCUGCUCGCCCUCGCAGGGCUCCCACCAUCUCCUCCGGUGAUAUCAGGACGGAGAUCCCGGUAGAUGUCAGACACAUGGACAUCCUGAAGAAACUAAAGAGCAGAGAGAUUUCUGACAUCGAGCGGAAGUACAAUGUGAAGAUGGAUGAAGUUAAGAAAAAUGGCGGCGUACUUGUCACCUUCAGAGCCAUAGAUGCGACCCCCGACCUUUCACCCCACGCUUCUUACAGCUUCACCACUCUUCUGCAGAAAACUUUCUUUAAUAUCGAAAAAAAACUGAUCAGCGUGAAGCCGGAAUUCCAGGAGGAAAGAGUCAGCGUGCUGCAGGAAGAGCUGAUGAUGCGAGGAGUAGACAUUGUGAUGGAAUAUUCCAGCGGCUCUGUGCUCCUCAUCGGUCAUCCGGUCCAUGUCGCUUUUGCUGCGGGGGAACUCAGUGGCAGCCAGAAUUCAGGCAGAGAGGGUUACUAA